GUAAUUGAUGGUACCAAUAUUAUUUUGAGCGCUAUAUGAUAUACAGUUGUUUUAACACAAAAAUGUCGUUAUUUACAUUUGUAUGUUUUAUUGUACUUGGUGUUGUAGCAGGAAAUGAAGGAAUAUUUAAACUUCAAAAUGUAGAGAAAUAUAGCGAUUCAAUAAGGUCCGCCAAGAUCCUUAUCGACUCCUUCAAAGAUCAACACAACUUGGAAAAUAACGACAUAGAGAACAAAGUGGAAAGUAUUUCAAAAAAAUUUAAAGUACAAGAAUUUUUUAACAAAAAAAAUAAAACAAAAUUAGAUUGGUGGCAAACAGGCAUUAUUUAUGAAAUAUACCCUCGGUCGUUUAAGGACACAACUGAUACUGGCAUCGGAGACUUACGAGGAAUAAUUGAAAAAAUUCCCUACCUUAAGUUCUUGGGAAUAAGUGCUAUUUGGAUAACUCCAAUAUACACUUCGCCUGGGUUUGAUAUGGGUUACGACAUAAAGGAUUACAGAGGAAUCGAUGAACUUAUGGGAUCUAUGGAAGAUUUUGAUGAGUUAACAUCUAAACUUCACGAAAAUGGAAUUAAAAUUAUCCUUGAUUUUGUACCUAACCAUACAAGUGAUGAACAUGAAUGGUUCGUCAAAUCAGUACAAAGAAUAGAACCGUACACUGAUUAUUACGUAUGGGCCGAUGCAAAAUAUGUAAAUGACACCAGACAAACCCCAAAUAAUUGGAAUUCAAUAUUUGGAGAUACCAUAUGGGAGUGGAGCGAAGAACGGCAACAAUAUUACUUACAUCAGUUCUAUAAACAACAACCAGACUUGAAUUUUUGGAAUCCAUUAGUCCGCGAAGAAAUGAAGGAUUUGUUACGCUUCUGGAUGGAUAAAGGUGUGGACGGAUUUCGAAUGGACGCUAUUCCAAACUUAUACGAGAGACAGGAUUUAUUAGAUGCACCUGAGCACUAUGGAUUUCCAGAAAAAAGUGGAUAUACAGAAGCAAUUGAUGAGACUUUUUAUGAGGUAAACGACUGGAGAGCCUUAACAGAAGAAUAUAAAAAAAAGGAUGGUAACACGAGAAUUCUGCUCAUUGAAACUUAUUUAUCACCUAUUGAAACUAUGAAAUUUUAUGGAAAUGAAACAAAUUAUGGAGCUCAUUUACCACUCAAUAUUGUUCUUGUCGGCCUCAACCAUCAACCGGCAAGAGAAUAUAUUGAUAAAAUAACGGAAUGGAUGUCAAAUUUGCCAUCAGGCGCAUGGUCAAGUUGGACUAUUGGAAAUCAUGAUUUAAAUCCUCGUCCAGCUUCAAGAUAUGGGUUGGAAAUAAUAGAUGGUAUUUUCAUGGUACAAUUUCUCUUACCGGGAACACCAAUUUUGUAUAUGGGUGAUGAAUUGGCAAUGACAGAUUUAUACUUGAGAGAAGAUCAAAUGAGUCCUUACUCAAUAAGAAGUGGUAAUAUUCGAGAAAGAAGUCGUACACCUUUCCAAUGGAAUUCUUCGCCUCARGCUGGAUUUACUAAUCAUCCAAAACCAUGGUUGCCCGUGAACCCUAAUUAUGUAACGAUCAACGUCGAUAAUGAACUAAACGCAAAACGUAGUCACUUGAAGAUAUUUAAAGAAAUUAUGGAUUUGAGAAAGUUAGAUGCUUUCCGUACGGGAGACCUAGAAUUGUACGAAAUAUCAGAAUAUGUAUUUGCUUUUUCGAGGAGCAACUCAUUUUUUAAGACCUAUUUUAUUGUCCUCAACCUUGGAUCAGAGAUAGAAAUUGUUGACCUUACAAAAUUCAAGAAAAUAAUAUCUUCCAAAUUGACAGUGAAAAUUUCUAGUUUGUUUGCUGAACAAAAAAAUGGUGAUAUUGUUAGCUCCAAGUCGAUUCAUUUGAGACCUUCUUCAGCACUUGUUUUAGAAUCAUCGUUUUAUUAAUUAAUGAUAUUUAUUGUUAUUAUAAUUUGAAUUCAAUUUAGAAUAAUAUGUCAUGUUUAAACUAUAUAAUAACAAUUAUUCUUUCACUGAAUUACAUGAUUAGAUGUUGUCAUCAAUAAUAAAUAAUUACGUUUUGUGAGAAUAAGUCAUAUUAUGUAUCCUAUCGUUGGGGUAUUACAAUAUUUUGUUUAUAAAGCAAGUUAAAACUAUGUAAAGAAAAUUAAAAUUUUAAAA